UGCAUUUCCGACAUGUACGAUAAAUCCGUUAAGCGAGAAAUGUCUCUAGAUGGGAAGCACAACAUGCGAUUUUCUCCAUUGUAGAUCUUUGGUAGGAUCGCUUCACUUUUAGAAUGUUCCACAAUCACCAUCACUGGACUUGCUCUUCAGAUCGAGACAAUUUGCUGUGAAUAUGGAUGGGUUAUGUCUAUAAUUAGAGCCGCUGGCAGACAAGGCUGCAGGGGUUGGUACAGGUAACUUUCUGAUUUUUUGGGUAAGGCAAGGCUCGUGUGGAACACCAAAAGCUAACGUGGGGUGCUUCAUGUCGCGUAUUGCAGUAAGAUUCUUAACCCUUUUUUUCCUUGUUUAAUACCCUAGGAAAAAAGAACACACAGCCUCGCAGUUUGUCAGCCUCAUGUUUUCAACAACAAGGUUCUCUGCAGGGAUUUAAGCUGCACAGCUCCAAUAGCUAUACAUAUUUCUCCUUUUUCGAUUUUUACAGUUUUCAAGUGGAAAUUCUUAACCAUAGUGAGAAUAUCACAAACUGCAACAUCAAAGACUUUCUGUGAUCGUCGAGAGCACGACGACUCAAGAACUCUUCAUACCCCAAUAUUCCCACCACAUCCGACAAGAUGGCAGACAAAUCAAGCAGCCUGCUCCUAGCACCUUCGUCAAUGAUCGUCGCCACCAGCAUCGUAACCUUUCUAACAGGCUUCAUGUUCGGCGUAUACUCGAUCCGCGGCUACCUAUUCGUCUCCCCAGCCCUAGCUUCCGAGCGACGAAGCAAUGUCGACGACCCGGUAGAGAGCGAAGAGUCCGACAUAGACGAUGACACGAUACUUGACCACGCACCCAAUUGGGCGAAUGGGGAGGACGCCGACCAACGAGACGGGCUGAGGAUGCCUAAACAGAAGAAGUCUAAGAAGGCUACCAAGGCAGAAGAGAAGGAUGACAAGGAGGAUGUCAUCCCUCUAGCAGAUGCACCCGCAAACGAGGAGUGCAAGUUGGUACUAGUUGUACGGACAGACCUAGGCAUGACAAAAGGCAAAAUCGCAGCGCAAUGCUCCCACGCCACCCUCGCAUGCUACAAGACCCUGACCAAGGCCGCAAGCCGCAACCCCUCGUCCCCCGAAGCCAAGCUCCUACAGCGCUGGGAGCGUCGCGGCCAAGCCAAGAUCGCCGUGCAAUUAAAGUCCGAAGACGAGCUCUUGGAGCUGAUGGGCAAGGCGCGGAGCCUAGGGAUAACCGCUGAGGUCAUCCAGGACGCCGGGCGCACGCAGAUCGAUCCUGGCAGCUUGACGGUGCUCGGCGUUGGGCCCGCGCCCAAGAGCUUGGUAGAUCGGGUUACGGGAGGGCUCAAGCUAUUAUAGGGUGGUCUUAGGAUAUGGAUUAAUAAGACACGAGGGGAGCAUGGUCGGUAAAUAAUGCGGACACGACAAGGCAAAGCAUAUAGACAUGGGCAUGAUAGAGCGCAAAGGGCUACGAAAAUACAUCCACGGGCGGCACGUCUGAAAUACAAUUAAUGAUAAACUCGAUGUUUUUAUAUUGUCGUGUUUCCAGGGAAUUCCUCAUUGUAGCAAGAUCCCUCAG